AUGAAAUCUCGGGAGAUCUUCCUCAGCCAGCCGAUCCUGUUGGAACUCGAAGCGCCCCUCAACCUCUGUGUCAUGUGUUUUUACUUGUGCACAUUUGAAUCGAACGAGCGAAUAGCUUUGCAAAUCAGUGAGGAAGAAGAAGAACAGGAAGAAAAAAAAAGGAAGUCGAACGUGACUUGCCGCCUGUUUGACACCGACGUGCGACUGUUCUCGAAACUCACACCAUCGUCAUACUCAUUCAGUAGCCUUCCGUUAUAUCCUCCCCUCACACCGGAUGGCUUACAAAAGGAGAUCAGUACUGGCACGGUAUUUAAUAUUUAAUG